UUCACUGUUUUUUCUUGACUGAUAAUAUAAAUUUCAUGAGCUUUAUAACUUUUUUUGUGAUUAACUUAAACACUGGCACUGCUAUAACAGCUAGUUGGCUAGGUUAUUGGUACAGUUACAUAAUUCACGCACAAGAUCAUAUCUUCAGAAGUCGUUCAGCCUUAAGAAUUUGGCAGAAAUCAACAUAGGGUUUUUCUGAGCACCAUGCCUUUGACACUUGUUGUCGUUACUAGGGCUGCGACUUUAAGAAACAGGUAAUGGCCACUUUGUAACCUGAUAAGAGGCUUUAAUAAAUGAUGGAGCAGUAUCUGGGUUCACUAUUGCCACUGUUGUUGCUGUUUGCAUUUCCAAGGACAGAACCCAGCUGAACAAAGAUAAACGAGCUAAAAACACUUUUGGUCAGCAUUCUGUGAUCGAUUAACCUAAGGAUGAAUCCUGAGUAUGACUACCUGUUCAAAUUGCUGCUGAUUGGGGACUCUGGUGUGGGAAAGUCAUGUUUACUCCUACGGUUUGCUGAUGACACCUAUACAGAGAGCUACAUCAGCACUAUUGGAGUAGAUUUCAAAAUCAGAACUAUUGAAAUGGAGGGGAAGACUGUGAAACUGCAGAUCUGGGAUACAGCAGGGCAAGAGCGAUUUCGAACAAUAACAUCCAGCUAUUAUCGAGGGGCUCAUGGGAUUAUAAUUGUCUAUGAUGUCACUGAGCAGGAGUCUUUCAACAAUGUGAAGCAGUGGUUAGAAGAAAUUGAUCGCUAUGCAUGUGAAAAUGUCUCCAAGUUGCUAGUCGGUAACAAGUGUGACCUUUCCUCAAAAAAGGUGGUAGACUUUACCACAGCAAAGGAAUUUGCUGAGUCUCUCAAAAUCCCAUUCCUGGAGACAAGUGCCAAGAACGCUAACAACGUAGAGAAGGCAUUUUUAACAAUGGCCUCAGAAAUCCAGAAGAGGAUCGGGACGGACAGCGUUCAGAAUGAAGCUGUUAAAAUGGGAUCUAAAAUAAACAGUGCCCCCUUAUGGCCUGGCGGAGAGAAGUCAGUAGCUGAGGAGGUCAGCUCUUGUUGCUAGUGCUCAAUAUCAUUAAAAUUCAGGGUAAUAUGAAAAUUCAUAUUUUUUGUUUUUGUUCCUCUUUUCUUUCUUUUUCAUUUUAAAUGUAAAAUAAGCCAUUUACUUUAUGUUUGCACAUCCUAAUGAGCUAAUGAAGAUGCAUUUGGAAAUGUUUCUGGUAAUCAUUUUCUGAUCAUGCAUGCAUUGUUCUAUAUUUAAUGCUCUUUCAUCUUUUUGGUGAUG